GGCGCUGUAGCCGCUGCUCCCUUCCUGACUCGGUGAAGCUGACAGCCGCCGUCGUUCAGGACCAGAGACCGUUUGGAGGUUGGAGUCAUGUCGGCAGCUGCUCAGGGGACCAGCAAAGCGGCCCACAGUGAUGUGGGCCCGAAAAAGAAGAAAGGACCGGGCGCCCUGGCCACGGCCUACCUGGUUAUUUACAAUGUUGUUAUGACAGCCGGGUGGCUGGUGAUCGCCGUGGGUCUGGUUCGAGCUUAUCUGGCCAGAGGAAGCUACCAUGGGCUGUAUUACUCUAUAGAGAAGCCGCUGAAGUUCUUUCAGACAGGAGCUCUUCUGGAGAUCUUGCACUGUGCUGUAGGAAUCGUACCGUCCUCUGUGGUCCUGACGGGGUUCCAGGUCAUGUCUCGGGUCUUUCUCACUUGGGCCGUGACUCACAGUAUCAGAGAGGUGCAAAGUGAGGACAGUGUGUUGCUGUUCGUCACAGCCUGGACCGUCACGGAGAUCAUCCGCUACUCUUUCUACACAUUCAGCCUGCUUAAUCACCUGCCGUACCUCAUCAAGUGGGCAAGGUACACCUUUUUCAUCGUGCUGUAUCCGAUGGGAGUGAGCGGAGAGCUGCUGACUAUCUAUGCAGCUCUGCCCUACGUGCAGAAGACAGGCCUGUACUCUGUCACCCUCCCCAACAAGUAUAACUUCUCCUUCGACUACUACUCCUUCCUCAUCCUUGUCAUGAUCUCCUACAUUCCUCUCUUUCCCCAGCUUUACUUCCACAUGAUACGACAGAGGAAGAAGGUGCUGGGCCACACAGAGGACUACAGCAAAGUGGAGUGAGCUGUGCAUCGCUCAGAACGGUUCAAAUGAGAGAAAAGCAACCAAAACAUCCCAUAAAGAUCAAACCAGUGUUUUCAGUUUUCAAACUGCCUAAACCAACCCCGUAGAUCAUCCUAUUAUCCAUCCACAUUAUUUUAUCAAUUUUAUUUUUUCAGUCAUACAGACAUUCUGGAUGAACUUAUUCUUGCAUAUUUCUGAACAAAGUGUGAUUACAUUGAAGUUUAAAGAAAAGAUUGACCUGGAUAAAGAUGAGCUGCUCUGUGCCCAUUGAGCAGAUCCUGGACACAGCUAAUCUGAACUGAAUGAACACUAAUAGACCUCUGACCUCUAAAUAAAUGGCAAUGAGGUGGAGAGUAGAAUCAGACUUUCACCCCCUGACUUGUUUUUCGAUAUCCUUGUAAGAAGCAGGCUCGCUAUAGGCUAAUGUAACAUAGAAAGAAUAAUUAAUGAAUCUAGCACUGAAAGUAGGUGUCUGUAGGUUUUGCAUCUGCUGUUUUGGUUUGUACAAACUGUGGAACACAUUUGUACUUUUUCCAUUUUGUGUAAUUUAUUGAAAAGUUUGGUUACAUUCCAUAUUUAGAUUAAUAAAUCCUUUUCCAUCCCA